CAGAUCAGAAAAGAGAUUGAAGCUCUAGAACGAAUCAAAGAAGAAGAGGAAAAGAAGUUCAAGGCCAAUAACAUCUAUUUCGACUUCAGUAUCCUUGGUCAGGUUAAGGAAUUAAUGGUUGGUAUCUCUUCUGGCUGCAUAGAACUGGCAUUGAAGGAAAAGAGAGAGGCAAAUAUUGCAUCGCAAACUACUGCAGAAUCACGAUGGGCAAAGCCGAAUACGAAGAAUAAGACUUCAAAAUGGGCUAAAACACUUUGGAGGGCAUUUCAGUUUGCGUUCAGAGUAUACACAUUUGCUGGUGGGCACGACGAUCGUGCUGAUAAGCUUACAAAAGAGUUGGGUAAGGAGAUCGAACUGAUUCUUGGAAACCAAUGACUCGUGACUCCACCACUCCUCUUAACUAACUAUAUGUCUCAGCCUGAAAACGUCACAAAAGUGUCGAGUCUUGUGUGAGAGUGCUAAAACUAAUUAAUAAAAAUAUUCAUAAAAUACAUUAAUUAUUA